AUGGCACCCUCAGCCGACCAGGGUGCCAAUUCGCACGCUCAGGACGCCUCGUCGCACGCCCUCCACCCUCGCUCGCCUCAGCCGGCUCCACCUCCACCUGCUUACUCGCAAGCGACCACCCCGAACUCGAGCACGGCGCAACAAAUUGAGGCGAGAUCCAUCCCCCCAAUAUCACUACAGAAUGACAACCAGCGCCAUGUGCUCCCGCCUCUAAGCCAACUCGCGGGUGUCCAAUCCCUCCCGAUACGCACCGAGACGACUGGGAUGACCAACUAUCCACCCCAAUGGAGCACCCCGAGUGUACCAACCGCACAAGAAAUGCCAGCACCUCCCGCACCAAUCUACCGUUCCGAUCCCAGGUCCCUCGCAGACGCGGACAACUAUGGAAGCAACAGCGUGUCCAGCGUAGCAUCCUCCGAGUACCGCGCGGACGCGAGGUCGGCUAGCGUUAACAUUGACGAUCCUGAUGUUCGCAUUGCGGCUGAAGCCCUUGGAGAUCUUCGCGCAGAUUUUGUCUCUUCCCCAUCCGAUAGCAAUGCAGGCCUUCCACUGAGCCCACCGUCACUAGCAACACAGCUGGGUCGAUCGCAAUCGCAGUCGCACGUGCGGCAAGGGGAGGUAGAGCCUCUUUUCUCGCUACUGACGACAUCUCAUCCGCUGUUGGCAACAACCAUUGAAAAUGCGAGCUCUGCGUACGGAGGCGCCAAGAAUUUCUCGCCACGUUUCAAAUCCAGCGCAGAGUAUGUCGAAGGUUACUUGAGCCCAAUCGCCAACACGGUGGGCUCUGUCGGCCGUGUGACUGGCGUAGAAGGUGGCGUGCGAUGGUUUCUGGGUUCUGGAAGGAGACAGAACUCGGAUGUCGAGGCUUCGUCUAGCUCUAAGAAGCGACGCAAAGUGAACCCAGCCGAGCCUGAGCCUCUGACCAAACGACGCCUCGAGGACCAGGACGUCGCCACUCUCACAGAGAUUGGCAAGAUUCAGGACGUGUACACAGGUGCACCUAGAGGCGAUCGUCGACCCUCAUUCGCAAGCACGACGGAUACUUUGCCAGCCUACGACGGGAUGCACGCCCCUGCCUACACGGAAACGACAGAUCCUCGUGCCGGCGACGCAGACCGUGGCAGCACAGCCUGGCAGUCGCGCCUCAUCAUGUCGACGUCCGGGCUCAGUGUAGCUAUGAGCGACGAGAGCCUGCGUAGCCUCAAAUACUGCCUCAAGUGGCUACGGUGGGCCAAUGGGCACAUGGGUGGCGUCAUUGGCUCGCUCAAAACGACACUUGAGCAGUACGACAAGCCGCACGACGAAGAGGAACCCCCCCUUCAGGACGUGGAGAAGCAAGAAGAGUCUGUGACCGUAGAGCCGUCCGGAGAGCAAGGGGAGCAGCAACCCUCUCGAGCCGAAUUGGCCUACCGAAUCAACACGCUCAAGGGAGACGUGCUCAAGACUUUGCACGAUGCGAUCAAUAUGGUUUCGCGUUACGCCGGAGGCGCCCUGCCCGAGAAUGCGCGAGUACUGGUCCGCAGCCACCUGACGAGUCUGCCUCAGCGCUUCCGCUACGCCACCAUGUCCGAGAACCAGUCUGAAGCCCAGGACAGUGAUUCUGCUGUCCGCGAAGGCGCCCACAAGGUCUUGGUUCUUGCCAAGGAGGGACUCGACAUGGUGUCUCAGGUCAGUGGCAUCGUGGAUGGGACCAUCGUCAGCGCCGAAGAAUGGUGCGAACGUAUGGGAAGGAAAAAGCGUAACAGCAAUAGCGGAGAGCCUUCGGGUGCCAUUCUUCCCCAGGUUGAGAAGGACAGGGACGACGUCGAGAUGAGCCAGUAA